AUGAAUGGUUUAUUUUUUGGUUCACUUUGCGAGAAUCACCAGAUCGACUUCUGGAGAGAGCCCACCCCCGGGCACAACGCCACCGUUAUGGUCCCUCCCACCCUGCUGAACAUAUUCAAGUACAAACUUGACCAGCAGGGGAUCAGCUACGUCGUCCAUCACGAAAAUGUCCAGGAAAUGGUGGACGCCGGAUCUGUUCGUACACCUGUGGAGGAAGUGACCAGACGAAGUCAGGCGUCACGUGCUGGAGUUGACCACUACAACUACCACACCUACAACCAGAUUGCAAAUUAUCUAACUAAGCUCCGAAGGGCCUACCCAGCCCUCAUCAAGUUAUCGAACCUUCCUUACACAACUUACGAAGGACGACUCGUCAACUUUGUCAAGAUGAGAGGGUAUACUCGAGCCAACAAGUCAGCCAUUAUUAUUGAGGCCGGCAUCCAUGCCAGAGAGUGGAUCGCACCUGCAACAGUCUUGUGGGUCAUAGAACAGCUCGCCAUGGAGUACACAGCAAACGACGCCACCGCAAGACUAAUGCUGGACACGUACGAUUGGUACUUCAUCCCAGUCACCAAUCCUGAUGGUUAUGAGUACACACACAGAAAUAACAGCAACCGCUUGUGGAGAAAGAACAAACGUUACAUCAGCGCCAGAUGUACUGGCGUCGAUCUGAACAGAAACUUUGACGCCAUGUGGGGAACAACUGAUAUUUCAAUGAAUUGUGCCAGCGACAUCUACCCCGGCACCGGACCUUUCUCCGAGCCAGAGACCGCCAACAUCAGAGACCUCUUCGAGAGCCAGUACCCCAACGUCAUCGCUUACUUAUCCGUGCACGCUUAUGGACAGCUUGUUAUGGUUCCAUGGGCCUACAGCGUCACUGGGUCGCGUCCUCCUAAUGCUGCUGAGCUGGAUCGCGUAGCCUUAAAAGUGACGGAAGCUUUGAUAAACAGACACGGAACUCAAUAUACGCACGGAACUGUAAAGAAACUCAUUGGAAAAGGAGUGUCGGGUUCGUCCAUGGACUGGGCUCUUCAACGCCGAGCUAACCUCUACACCAUGGCCUUUGAACUUCGACCUGCCAUCGGCUCAGUAAACUUCUUCCUGCCUGCCUCAGAGAUAGUCCCAACGGCCGGGGAGUUCUACGCCGGGCUCAAAGCUAUGGCUCCAGAAUUAACGGAAAUCUAACUCGCUUAUCAACGCAUUAAAAUGAUUUAAACAUAAAUAGAAUUUUUUUUUUCGAUUUUUAAAGUAAUUGUACUCCUUGCAUUUUAUUCAACGAAGUUUUAAA